AUGAAAGUCGUAGAGGAUCAGGUUGUUGACGAUGAUACAGGUUUCCAGGAUGAUGAGGAGUCCUUCUUCCAAGACAUUGACCUCUUACAGAAACAUGGGAUUAAUAUGGCAGACAUCAAAAAGCUGAAGUCGGUGGGUAUCUGCACUGUGAAGGGGAUCCAGAUGACUACACGCAAAGCUCUGUGCAACAUCAAGGGCCUGUCAGAAGCAAAGGUUGAAAAAAUCAAGGAAGCAGCUGGGAAAAUGCUGUGGGAGUACAAUGUUGCUGUGUUUAUUACCAACCAAAUGACCGCUGAUCCUGGAGCAGGAAUGACGUUUCAGGCUGAUCCCAAGAAGCCAAUUGGUGGGCACAUCCUGGCCCACGCCUCCACCACACGGAUCAGCCUGAGGAAGGGACGUGGAGAGAUGAGAAUUGCUAAGAUAUUUGACAGUCCUGACAUGCCUGAGAACGAGGCCACCUUUGCCAUCUCUGGUGGAGGAGUUACAGACGCCAAAGAGUGACGGACAAAAG